AUGUCUGUGCUAUGGCUGCUUCUGGGUCUUCUUGCCCUUACUGAUUCCUCUGAAAGCAGCAACUGGGGAUGCUAUGGAAACAUCCGAAACUUUGAGACCCCUGGGGCUUCUUGUGGGAUAGGAAAGCGUCAUGGCCUGAACUACUGUGGAGUUCGUGCUUCUGAAAGGCUGGCUGAAAUAGACAUGCCAUACCUCCUGAGAUACCAGCCCGUGAUUCAUACUGUCGGCCAAAAAUACUGUGUGGAUCCUGCAGUGAUUGCUGGAGUCUUGUCCAGGGGGUCUCAUGGCGGCAACGUUAUGGUCAAUGUGGGCAACAUGGGCGAUGGCAUCGGGGUUGUGCAGGACCCUGGUCUUUAUGCUCCCACAUCCUGGAUCAGCGAGUCCCAGGUUUCUCAGAUAACCGAGGUCCUGACUGUUAGGAUCAAAGAAAUCCAGAGGAGGUUUCCAACCUGGACCUCUGACCAGUACCUGAGAGGUGGACUCUGUGCUUAUGCUGGAGCUCCCGGCUACAUCAGAAACAGCCAGGACCUGAGCUGUGACUUCUGCAAUGAUGUCCUUGCACGAGCCAAAUACUUCAAGAGACAUGGCUUCUAA